GAUUUCCCCAAGGUACAGUAUGGUACAGCGCGAGCCAACCCGGGCCACGUUGACAGUGUUGUAACUUCAGGUGUCUUUGUUGAACGGUUGUUGUAUCAGUCGGUGACUCGGUGAAGUUAGGGGCUCUUCGAUAUAUUCGUAGAAUGAGUGUGGGUUUCAUAGGGGCGGGUCAGCUGGCCCACGCUCUGGUGAGAGGCUUCUCAGCUGCAGGCGUGAUUGCCACCCACAAAAUCACAGCCAGUUCCCCAGAUACAGAUCUCCCAACAGUGCAGGGACUGCGGAAAUUGGGUGUGAACUUCACCACCAGCAACAAGGAGACAGUGAACAAGAGUGAUGUUCUCUUCCUUGCUGUGAAGCCCCACAUCAUUCCUUUUGUACUGGAUGAGAUUGGAUCAGACAUCGAAGAUCGUCACCUUAUUGUGUCCUGUGCGGCAGGUGUCACCAUCAGCUCCAUAGAGAAGAAGCUGCAGCAGUAUCGCUCUGCUCCAAAGGUAAUGCGUUGCAUGACCAACACUCCAGUGGUGGUGCGCGAAGGGGCCACUGUGUACGCCACAGGUACCCAUGCAGAGGUGGAGGAUGGAAAGCUUCUGGAGCAGCUGAUGGCCAGUGUAGGAUACUGCACUGAGGUGGAAGAGGACCUGAUUGAUGCUGUUACUGGUCUCAGUGGUAGUGGUCCUGCCUACGCGUUCACCGCUGUAGAUGCUCUUGCUGAUGGUGGAGUGAAAAUGGGCCUAAACAGGAGACUUGCUGUACGCCUCGGAGCCCAGGCCCUGCUGGGAGCAGCUCGAAUGCUCUUGGACUCAGAGCAGCACCCUGGGCAACUCAAGGACAAUGUGUGUUCACCAGGGGGCGCCACCAUCCAUGCCCUGCAUGUUAUGGAGAGUGGUGGCUUCCGCAGCCUCUUGAUUAAUGCUGUGGAGGCCUCCUGUGUUAGGACUAGGGAACUUCAAUUUUUGGCUGACCAAGAGAGGAUCUCCCCAGCUGCCAUAAAGAAAACAACUCUGGACAAAGUGCUGCAGCAGCCAGGAGUGACCGCGGAAGCUGUUGGAGUCAGAUCCGGUGGGAUCAGUAUGUUUAACAGCAGCAAACCCAGGAUUAAGAAGAACUGAUCAUUUUUUGUCAGGCAGAGAAACUGCACACUUUAAUGUGACUUGUCACUUCACUGGUGAUGCAAUAUAGGCUGUCAAUAAACCACUCCAGGCAGAUGAUUGUUGAAACAUAAGAUAACCAAGUGAUUUGCUUUCUAGAAAAAAAUCAACAGAAUUUGGGAUGAUGCCUGACAAUAUGAAAAACUAUGAGUAAUGAGUAAUAUAAUAUUUUUGUAAUGAAAUGUCUUCCCCCUGUAAUGUUUUAUAUUCUUAAUUGGUACCUACCCAUUCAAGGUUUGCUUCCUGUGCUAUCACAUCACUUCCCCAGUCAGUUAAUGUAUGGUAUCUGUGGUUGUUAUAUGCUUUCUAAAUGUUAUUUCACUUGGUCCUUUCUGAUGGUAAAUGGAAAAAUUUAGGUUUACUAGUUAUCCAUGCAGUCAGUGGUGUGCAGUGAGGCUCUGGACCAUUGUUUUUUUAUGUCCUGCCACCAGUGUACAUAGCAUUAUAUUGUCAUGCUAGUGUCUGUGACUCUGCGGACCACAAGUAGCCAAUAUGCAAUAGAUACACUGAUAGCACUGAUUUCCCAGAAAUUGCUGUAACUCCUUAGCACUUAAAGCUAACAAGUUUAAGCUGGUACCAAGUAUAUAGUAUGAAAAGACAAGCAUGUUGGUAUGGAAAAUCUUUACUAAUUAAUUAGCUAUUUGACUUAAUUAGGAGGAAGCUGAUUUUUCUUCUGAACAUGAUAACUCAGGAACAAUACAUAAUAGAAACUUCAUACUUGCACCAUAUGUACCAUGUAUGGAAUAGAUUAUUUGGUUAGAUAUUGGUGUGCAUUACAGCAUAUAUUUGCAUAUUAUUGAGGUAAAACUUUGUUUUGAUUAAAUCAUGGUGGGACAUAAGGCAACCCAAGUGCAUCUUGUUGUGGAGAUGAUAUUACAGUUUAACUUGUAUUUAUGCAGUCUCAAAAUUAUGUCCAAUAGGAGAUUUUACUCCUUAGAAUUUUCUUAAAAUGUGUUAACUGUAAUAUUUUAUGAUACAAUAAAACUCUGGAUAUUUUCAAAACCUUAUUAAAUAUUUUUUUUAAAGCAUA